AUGACUAAUCUUGUACAAAUGCCACGGAAAAAGCAAUGUGUCAUUUGUGGUGAUAUAGGAGUUGGUAAAAAUUUUGGUGCCGUAACAUGUGAGCCGUGUAAAGUAUUCUUCAGACGAAAGACUCUUGAAAAUAAAAAACAAAAGUGUCGUUUUGAUGGCAAUUGUAUUAUUGAUGUGAUGUCACGGAAACGCUGUACGAGUUGUCGGAUGAAAAAGUGUAUACAUUUGGGAAUGAAAAAAAUUAAGAAUAUCGAUGAUAUGUUUGUGAAGUUGUCAUUCAGUCCAGUAUUCAGUCAUUUAGGCAAUUAUAAAGGGUUUAGUGAUUUGGAAACAAGCAGAUUAACCGAGGUGGUUGUGUCGACACAAUUGGCGCUCAUUAAGUACGGCUGUCAUGAGAUACUUAUGCUCCGGUACUCAAUACUGUAUAACUUUAACAUCGAUUCUUGGAUAUGGGCUUAUAAAGCAUUGACAGCAAUACUACUGUUUGAUCCCAACCGACCCAAUCUAAUACACAGGGAUGUUGUGAAGUAA